AUGUCUGCAAACGAUGCCAAGGUCGCGUCUCUCGCCAGGCGUUUCAAUGAACCCAGCACGAGCGCGACAAUGGAGCUGGACGACGAUGACAUCUUCGCCGAGCUCGAGGCCGAGAUUGAAAACGACUCGAGCGCAGCGUUUCGCGAGCAUGGGAUGGACCAGCUAAAGCGAGAGAUGGAACACCUUCAGCAAAUGAAGAGCGACGGAUUCGGGCAGUACAGGGAGGUCACCGAUGAGAAGGAAGUGAUCAGGCUUACCGCCAACAAGCCGCGCUGUGUCGUCCACUUCUUCCACCACAAAUUCAAACGGUGCGAGAUCAUGGACAAGCAUCUUGCAAAUCUCGCACCCAAGUAUUUCAACACCCUAUUCAUCCGUGUUUUUGUCGAGAACGUUCCCUGGCUCGUAGAGCGAAUGGGGAUCAAGGUUCUGCCGUGUGUCAUGUCGUUCAUGGACGGAGUGUCCAAAGACAGGAUCAUCGGCUUCGAGGAUCUUGGAAACUCGGACCAAUUCGAGACUGCUACUUUGGAGUGGAAACUGCUCGACAGCGGCGUCGUUCAAAAGGGCGAUUCGGCCGCGCCCUCGGUCACGUACAGUGUGAAGCCAGCAGCGCGGCAACGCAUACGCAGCGGGCAGCAAGACGAGGACUCCGACUUCGAUCUGGACGAUUGA